CCCGGAAGUGCAUAGUGUGAUCAUGUGAUGCAUGCAAUGUCUGCUCAAUUUGCUGUCAGUUUCUAACAAUUUUUGUUAAUCAAAGUUCAUGACAAUAUAGACCAUGCCCAUUAUUUAUGCAGUGGUGGCCCGUGGGCCAGCUGUCUUGGCCAAGUAUGCCAGCUGUGCAGGAAACUUUUCAGAGGUCACAGAAUUAGUCCUGUCAAAGAUAUCUCCAGAGAAUGCGAAGUUGACAUAUUCACAUGGAAGCUAUCUGUUUCACUAUAUCUGUGAGGAUAGAAUCAUCUACCUCUGUAUAACAGAUGAUGACUUCGAAAGGUCGAGAGCGUUUCUCUUCCUCAAUGAUAUCAAACGAAGGUUUCAGACCCAGUAUGGUUCACGAGCUCAGACAGCCCUCCCGUUUGCAAUGAACAGUGAAUUCUCCAGAUCAUUGGCUGCACAGAUUAGACAUUAUUCCGAAAAUAGACAUGUUGAGCAGGAUCAAGUUGCUAAGGUCCAAGGAGAGGUGGAAGAGUUGAAAGGAAUAAUGGUCAAAAACAUAGAUAAUAUUGCUGCCCGAGGGGAACGGUUAGAAUUAUUAGUUGAUAAAACUGAAGAUCUAAGCUCUAGCUCGAUAUCAUUCAAGAAAACCAGCAGGCACUUGGCGAGAUCGCUGUGGAUUAAAAAUAUAAAACUAACCGUCAUCAUUGUUCUUGUGGUGAUUAUCAUUAUCUAUUUCAUCGUAUCUGCUGCGUGUGGUGGCCUCGACUGGCCGUGUACAAGAAGAUAACCUGCUUGCACAUGAAAUUUGGAAGAUAUCGGAAAUGACAACUAUGAAAGGGCACCAUCAAUCUUGAGUGUUGGAGCUGCAUUUUCAGUCAAUUCACCGACCUUGGGAACCGUACGUAAAAUUGAUACAAAUAUGUUGUAUGGAGCUAUACUUCAAUUUGCCAAAACACGGUUCAAGCAGUUCUCUUUCUCGACUAUAGAGCUCUCGUUUGUGCCAAUUGUGUUGUUCAUAGUUUCCUGCAUUGGUGUGUCACUAAAUAUAUCGGUUGUGCUUAUCAUUAUUUGGCUCCAAGAUGCCUAGCUUGUGGAGCAUUCUGCCCAAUAUGAAUCUUGUAAAUAUGUAGUGGAAUCCGGCAUACGUCACAAGAAGAAGAUGUGAAGACAUAGACUGAAAUAAUAUGUGUGCAAUAUCAUUCUGGCUGUGAGGCAAAGUUUGCAUGUUUAAAAUGGUUCACUGGGUGUUGAUAAGAAAUUGGGGAGUUGUGCAGUGCCAGUGGUUCGCAUUCUAAACACUGCGGCUCCAAUUAGAUGUUACAUGGAGGCCUAUUGCUAUUGGUGUAUAAUACAUUUUGGCUGCUUUUCGGUAUCAAUUCCUUAAGCUAAACAGAGAGGGUACUCCUACAAUAAUUCAGUCUUGUGGCGAUCGAUUUGAUGUCAUUGUUCACAUGUAUUUUUAAUGUGCCAUAUGUAUGAUUUUCCUGCCAUUUUGUCCAUUUCUUGCUGGAGUGGUCAGAAUGGAGGGGCUUUCUUGAGUGGGGGAGGGGCUGUACACUAUAAUACGUCAUGUACGCAAACUUUUUUUCGCUUCUCAUAUCAUGAAUAUAUUAUAGCUGUAUAAUGUUACUCUUGAUGUAUUCUUUAAAAGAUUGUAUAGGUACUACCUAUGCACAAGUAAUGUAUUUAGGAUUUUGGGGCACUUCCUUGAGACAUACAGAGCGACUAAUUUAAUGUUAUGCUUUCAUUCUUCUGCUCAUCUUGUAUCAUAGUACUUAUCUUUGACAAUCAUCACCCAAUGCUGAUACUUGUAAGAGUGUUCCUGAGCAACAACUUGGGCAUGGGGUUUUUCCGUUCCAGCGAAGUGUUUAAUUAGGACUUUGCCUUUAAGCUGUAAAAGGGCUCAUUAAUUCUGCAUUGUAACAUAUAAAUGUAAACAUGUAAAUACAAAUAAUUCACAAAAUA